ACGUGAUAACUAAAUAUAUGUUCUAAAAUUAUGACAGAAAUAUCAUAUGGCACGUGUUUUCUUUAAGGUUAUAAUCUAUUACGAGAUGGCCAUUGUGACAUGUCGCUUUCCAUUAAGCACGAUGAUAAAUUUAGAAAAUUAAAUCGAGCGUAAGAGGGAGUAGGACAGUGCUUCGAUAAUUUCACUUUUUUAAAGUGUCAAAAUUUGAAGAAAUUAUUAAACGUGCAAACAGUGGUUUUAAAAUCGAAAGUAGAAACCGGUUUAAGCAAAACUUCACAAUGGCUUCUAGAAUAUUUCAGGAUUCAAACAAAAACAAUGCAGGAGACUUUAUUGGCGAAAGUACAGUGACACAAUCAUGUGAGCCUUGUAUGAAAACCAACAUAUCAAAAGCUGCAACGGUUUUCUGCAAGGAUUGUGAUGAAUUUUUAUGUGAUACGUGCAAAAAUCCGCACAUCGUGUAUAAGCCAGGUCAGCAUAACAUUGUCAAUAUAAAGGACAAUAAAUCUGCGCCCGAUAUAAUCGACAUGAAAGGAAUUGACAAGUGUCACGAGCAUGAGCGAGAAAUAGAGUUUUUCUGUCAGGAUCAUUCUAAGCUGUGUUGCAGUUCAUGCGUUCUCAUUCACAGGAAAUGUGACCAAGUGGAUGAAAUAGCCAAAGUAUCCAGACAAGCACGACCUGAGCUUCAAGCAUUAAAACAAACGUUGAUAAAAUUGCAAUCCGAGGCUGACGCUAUUAUAGCGGAUUGUGAGCAGUCGGAAACUGACGUAAAUGAGUCCUUUGCAAAGAUAUCUUCAGAAGUGGAUGAAAUGAGAGAUCGUAUCAUACAACUAUUUGAAGACGCAAAGCAGAAAUUUAUUACUGAAGCAAGCGAAUUAAAAACUGCUGAAACUAAAACAAUUGGGAAUAAACGUGACGCCUCGUCCAAAGUUAAGGACGAAAUAAGUAAAGUUUUGUCGAUGUGUUCUGUCGUUUUAGAGAACGGAACGCCCAGUCAACAAUAUAUUUAUUCGGACAGUAUCAAGGAGAAACGUAAAACAAUUGAAUCAAUCAUAUAUGACCAAAGAAAGAUUAAAGAUGCAUCAACAGUUACAGUGUCUUUUCAAAAGAGCUGACUUCUUUCCUUGAGAUGGGAAGCAAUUUCAUACAACUGAAUUAUGAUGGCAACAAGACAGUGAAGACCAGUCCCAUUAACUUAUCAUCCCAACCAAGGCCGGUUAAUCUGAAGCUGCUCGUAUCCGUGGAUCUAACAAAGACUGGAGAUGAUGAUAAGGAGCCUCUCCUCCCUGGACUGGACUUCCUGCCGGACGGGAGACUGGUAGCCGUGGAUAACACCAACAAGAAAUGUAUACUACUGAAUGAGCGACUACAGAUACUCGGAACACCGUUCAUGUUCGAGAUUAACCCACUUGGCGUAGUAUGUGUGUCUCAUGAUACACUGUGUGUAACUGUUGGUGGUUAUAAAGAAGUACUACUCCUGUCUGUGAGUACAGACAAUACCAUCAUACUGACGAGGGUAAUUAGCCUACUCGGAUCCUACCCAGUGGAAAUGAUUUGGCCGCACACCAUAUGUGUGUCUAAGGAUGGCACUAGGAUGGCUGUGUCUGGCGGCUCUGAAGGCGCCAAGAAACUUCAGCUGUUUAAGAUAUCACCGGCGAUGAGUUAGGUGACUAGUAAGACGUGAUCCAUGAGAUCAUUUUAUGAACUACUAACCUAUAAAAUAGAAAGGUGCGUGUAUGAGGAUGUUUAAUCAAUACGGUAUACCUUUCGAUUGAUUAAAAUUGAAUUGUGUUGUUAUUAUUUUUAUCGCACCAGAAUUAAAGCUGCCUAUGUAUUGUGUAUUAACCAUUAUUCAACAUUUGUUUUAAAACAAUUAAAAAUAACGUCUUUGUUUACAAUAAGUUUCAAUAACUUUAAAUACAUCUCGGAUGUUUUACUAUUUUAAUUCCCAUUAAAUGCAACUUACCUGAUGUGUAUCAGGUUUCCAGAUAUACAUAAUACGGUAUACUAAUGAUCACGUUAAAAUGUUACAUAUUUCUGUUAUUUCACUAUGCUCUUCAGUUUUAGUUAAGCGCGUUUGAUAUUCGUCAAUGUAUAUUAAUUUUCGGCCUAUUAUGUAUUCAAAGUUUGCGUACUUGCACUAUGCAGCGGAAAAAAACGCUCCAUUUGUUUUCGGAUACAAUAACCGUUGCAUUUUGAUCAUAAAACUGUUUAUUGUAAUUGUGAUUGUUUACAUAAGCGGAUAAAAUAAACAACAACGAACGUAUAAACAAAACGUAUAUUAUUGAACAUAACUAUGUAUAUGUUUUCCUACCGUCACGAUCGUUAUGUAAGUCAUUCAAAAUAUUUUUUAGAAUACAACAUAUCUAAGUUCUAUACAUGUAAAAAAGUCAGAAAGAAUUUAAUUUCCAGUGUGUCACGUUUGCCUGUCAAUAGCCUUAUAUACCUUUUUUGUUCGGGUGUAAAGAACACUAUAAAAAGCUAUUAAUUU